CGUAUACACAAUCAGACACAAUGAAUGGGAGAAUGGGAGUUGUGUCUUGGAUGAGUUGCCAUAACCGGCAGCCUAUCCAGCACAUCCAGCAGCUUACUGGCUGGGGCCGCCGGACCGUUGGUGGAGUUGCCUCUCAAAGCCACCCACCCGAGCCACCCCUGUCCCCCAGGUCUGCUUCAGAGCUGCCACCCCACUAACUCUCGGUACGGUACCAUGCCAGUGGUGCAGUGAUGCAGUGAUGCCGCUUCCGCUUCCUGCGAUAUCCCAUCAUCCCAUCAUUCCAUCACCCGACACUUUACCUCUGCCGCCCUGCCCAUCCGCCGCACGCUGCUGAAUUACAUUGUCUACGAGCGCCUCCAAUAGAGGUUGAGUCGCAAGUUUACCGAAAUCUUGACCAUGGGGGACCACGAAAGCUCCAAGUUAGAUCACGAGAACCAUCUGCUACUUGACCAACCCCUCCUCCAGCUCCCAGUCGAGCUCCUCCGCAAGAAUCUGAGGUCCGCCCGCUUCGAGGUUGAGAAAGAUGGAAGCUUCGUAAAAGAAACGCUCAAGAAGACCGCGACGGACAGCGUGAACGGCCGCAUCUCACAGCAAGAUGUGUUGAAGACACUGGACUCGAUGAUUGCCCGCAUGCGGGGCGUAAAGCGGAAGCUGACGACCUUUUCCGACGAAGAGAACCGGCUACACCAGCAUGAAGAGGCUCGGGUGAAGCACCUCACUGAGCUGUAUGGCAUGUACAGCGUCGACGACGUGAAGUACGAGGGCUGGAGCAGAACACGGUUAGAUCGCCUGCUCACCGAUUAUCUGCUGCGCCAGGGCUAUGUCAAGAGCGCCCGUGAACUCGCCAAGGAGCGCGGCAUCGAGCUGCUCGCUGACGUCGACACCUUUGAGCAGAUGAACCGGAUCCGUCAGUGUCUGCUCAAUGGUAGCGUCCAGGAAGCCCUCGCCUGGUGCACUGCCGGAGAUACCAAGAAGGAGCUACGGAAGAUGGAUAGCAAUCUUGAAUUCAUGCUCCGCUACCAACAAUACAUCGAACUUGUGCGAGAUCGUGCUCAGACUAAACCCGACGACGCAUUGGCACACGCACGCAAAUACUUGUUUCCAUACAAAGACACAUAUCCCAAAGAAGUGUACCAUGCCUGCGGGCUUUUGAGCAUGCUGCCCGAACACGCCGCUAGAAUCGAAGCCUAUAGAGAAUUAUAUGCCCCGGCGCGAUGGCAGAUGUUAGCAGAUUUAUUCACGAAGACACACGCCAGUCUCCUCUCCCUCCCAUCCAUCCCACUGCUUCACAUCGCUCUGUCAUCUGGCCUGUCGGCGCUGAAAACACCAGCCUGCCAUUCGAUCCAUCCAAACUCAGCCGCUGCGCCCUCUCACCACACGAGUUUGUCCCUCGCCACAAGCGUAUGCCCGAUCUGCAGCACGGAGCUGAAUGAACUCGCGCGCAACGUACCACAUGCGUUACACAGCAAGAGCCACGUCGAGCCAGACCUGCUAUUGCUCCCCAAUGGUCGCGCCUACGGUAAGGCGCGCCUGGAGGAAUAUGCAAAGAAGGCGGGAUUACCUGAAAGUCGAGUGAAAGAUCUACGGACGGGCGAGGUGUAUUCAGUAGACCUUCUAAAGAAAGUGUAUAUUUCGUGA